GCCGGCCGGUCUCAGCUGAUCGGCCGCCGCUCCUGGGCUCCGGAGGCGGCCGGGCGGCUGCUUGCCUAGGGCACGGCGAAGAGGGCGCUCCCCGCGGCCGGGGCUGGCUCGGGGCUCGGGUUCGGGCUGCUGACCGCUGGCCCGGGGGAGGCGGGGGCGCCCCGGGCUCGGCGCCGAGGGGUCGCGCUCCCCUCUCCUGACGCCUCCGACUGCUGGUCUCCGAAGCCUGAAGAGGAGGUUUGAUUCAGCAACUGUUUCCUCUUUUCCGGGUCGCCCUGACCCUCUCUGGAUAGUGGGUUGAUCCACGGAAAAAACCGAAGACGACGUUUGGGAUUUAAUUUUUCCUCUCAGUUUUUGGAAUCUUUUACUUCUCACUUGGACAAGAACUCACGAGCAAAAUCCCCGUGUUGCAAUCUGGUUCCUAAGGAGGAAGAGGAAGGCAGCCCUGGAGUGGUUUCUUUACAGUAAUUUCAACAGAAGAGUGAGAGAUGGAACCCGAAGAAGAAAGGAUUCGUUACAGCCAGAGAUUGGUUCUUGGGGGUUUUCUCUAUCUGUGAGUACUUGGUAAAAACUUAAACCAUAAAGAUAGAAGGCAGCAGAUAGUGACCAAGCGAGUGGUUUUGGCAGAUACAGUGGUGAAGGCCUCCUUCAGCGUGGUACCAUGCGACGACGCUAUGAAGAUGAUGGCAUUUCAGAUGAUGAAAUUGAAGGGAAAAGAACUUUUGACUUGGAAGAGAAGCUCCACACCAACAAAUAUAAUGCAAAUUUUGUUACUUUUAUGGAAGGAAAAGAUUUUAAUGUAGAGUAUAUUCAGCGGGGUGGCUUAAGAGACCCUCUGAUUUUCAAGAAUUCGGAUGGACUUGGAAUAAAGAUGCCAGAUCCAGACUUCACUGUGAAUGAUGUCAAAAUGUGUGUGGGGAGUCGUCGCAUGGUGGAUGUCAUGGACGUGAACACACAGAAAGGCAUUGAAAUGACCAUGGCUCAGUGGACACGCUACUAUGAGACCCCAGAGGAGGAGCGAGAAAAACUCUAUAAUGUCAUCAGCCUAGAGUUCAGCCACACCAGGCUGGAGAAUAUGGUGCAGAGGCCCUCCACGGUGGAUUUCAUUGACUGGGUAGACAACAUGUGGCCGAGGCAUUUGAAGGAAAGUCAGACUGAAUCAACAAAUGCCAUCUUGGAGAUGCAGUACCCCAAAGUGCAGAAGUACUGUCUGAUGAGUGUUCGAGGCUGCUAUACUGACUUCCAUGUGGACUUUGGUGGUACCUCUGUUUGGUAUCACAUCCAUCAAGGGGGAAAGGUCUUCUGGCUCAUCCCCCCUACAGCCCACAACCUGGAGCUGUACGAGAAUUGGCUGCUGUCAGGGAAACAGGGAGACAUCUUUCUGGGUGACCGGGUAUCAGAUUGUCAGCGCAUUGAGCUCAAGCAGGGCUAUACCUUCGUCAUUCCCUCAGGCUGGAUUCAUGCUGUGUAUACUCCUACAGACACAUUAGUCUUCGGAGGCAAUUUUUUGCAUAGUUUCAAUAUCCCCAUGCAAUUAAAAAUAUACAACAUUGAAGAUCGGACACGGGUUCCAAAUAAGUUCCGCUAUCCAUUCUACUAUGAGAUGUGUUGGUACGUGUUGGAGCGCUAUGUAUACUGCAUAACCAACCGCUCCCACCUAACUAAGGAAUUUCAAAAAGAGUCCCUCAGUAUGGAUUUGGAGUUAAAUGGGUUGGAAUCUGGAAAUGGGGAUGAGGAAGCAGUGGAUCGAGAACCAAGGCGCCUGAGCAGUAGGCGCUCUGUCCUCACUAGCCCCGUAGCCAAUGGGGUCAACCUGGACUAUGACGGACUGGGCAAAACCUGCCGAAGUCUUCCAAGUCUGAAGAAAAGUUUGUCGGGGGACUCAUCCUCUGACUCUAGCCGGGGCUCCCACAAUGGCCAAGUGUGGGAUCCCCAGUGUAGCCCCCGAAAGGACAGGCAGGUGCAUCUGACCCAUUUUGAGCUUGAAGGCCUUCGCUGUCUUGUAGAUAAGUUGGAGUCUCUGCCACUGCACAAGAAAUGCGUCCCCACUGGGAUAGAAGAUGAAGAUGCUCUUAUUGCCGACGUAAAGGCACAGGAAGCCGCGGCUGAGCUGAAGGGCUCGAGAAGGAGCUCAGAGCACGACACGCUGCUCCGUCUGGGUAGCCUCAAGGGUUAUAGCUGGACUGCCCCGCCUGAUGUACUUUGGGAGAUUCCAGAAUUUUCAAGUAAAUCAGGAUUUUCCUAGAGGCAGAAAACCUAAACUCCUUCAGCACAACUUCCAAUACAGAAAACAAAACAAAGACGCUGGGGAAACUUCAACCAAGAGCUUCAGCAGCUCCAGAGCGACGAGAAACGCAAGGUCAGGCGGGUGGGCGGCAAACCCUUUCUGGCUCGGGGUGUGUGUAACUGUAGGGACUUUGUCUCAGCGGAAGAGGCGGAAGAACAGCCUACCAGGGGACUCCAGGACAAUGCUCAGGUUACUUGGUGUUGCUCUAGCCGUCAUUGCACUUGUUCCCUCUCCUGGUGGGAUGUGCUCUUGAAUUGGGUCUCUUGGCUUUGGGGAAUCCUUUUUCCUUCUCUUCCCAGACGCCCGCUGUUCUCUUCCCCUUCCUGUGAUGUGUGGGGUGUGGGCUUGUGUUUGAAUGUUCUCCCGAAUGCCAGGAGCCUAGAUAGGCGUCAGCCUUUCCGCACUCCACCCCCGCUCCCUGUCCCAAACCCCCUCUGGUGAAGGGUGGUGGCUGCUUUAUAUGGUUUCUUGGAGGGCCUCAGCUGGAGUCUGCCUUUUUUGAUGAAGCAGGGCGAGUUUGGUUGUCUGGCCCCAACAAAAUAAGGCUUGGAAGGAAAUCUGCAUUUCCCUCCACACCCACACAGACCCCGGUAACAGAGUCGUAUAUGUGUGAACAGCUGCCCCCCACCCCCCACGCAGACACAGUUUCUCCACCUACCUUUCCUUAUCCCCCACAAAAAAUCUUGCAGGUAGAUUUAGACUGCUUUUGGUGAACGGUUAGGUUCCUUUUGCUACUCUUAAACAAUUGUGGAUCUUUCUGUGAGGUCUGUUUUGCUGAAAGUGGAAAGUCCCUGUUUGUGGACAGCUCAGUGCUCUCCGGGGCGGCAGAGGAAAUGGGCAGAGUCCUGCUCCUCAGCAGUAGACAUGGGGGAGGGGAACUGUGCACUCCCUCGCACACGUUUUGAAUGGACCUGAAUUUUUCACCCUACGGAGAUUAGGAGUCCAAACCGGAGUCCAGUCCCAGAGCCUUAGUCCCACGUGGCACCGCACCCCGCCUCUU